UUUAUAAUUCAGAGCGAAAUAAUUAGGGGAUGAAAAUUGUUCUGAGAAAGCAUUAAAAAUUCAAAUUCUCGCACACAUUUAUGAGGAGUGCACGUUAUUUGAAAACGGUUCUGUGAUAGAAAUAUGCAGUGCAAUUAUUCGAUAGCAAGAUUCUCUUAAAUUUUGCUAUUUAUAUCUGGCACAACUUUGUUGCUAUCUGCCUAGGUAAUUGAUGUAUCCCUAUCGAUUAAUACCCUUGUAUAAUUUUAAUGUAUGUAAGAUCUACAUCUCUAUUUCUAGGACGCUCUCUUUAGAAAUUAGCUGAGCAAUCUAAUGUAAAAAUCUCUGAAAAAUAAGGAGGGGCAGUUGAGAUGAAUAUUUGGAUGUAUUGUUAUAAGUAAAUUUUCAUUAUAUUGUUUCUUAACAAUAUUAAUAUUUUUCUCCAUCGACUAGAGAAAUGAAUUUGCUAUUAUUUAUGGGAUGAUAGCGUCAUCUCUAGGAUGCUGUAGGAAUUUUUUUGUUAAUGGAACUACGACUUCGAGCGCUUCGAGCGUGGAGGAAAGUCGCUAGGUCAAGAUGGCGUAAAGCUCCAACUGACAGUUCUUUGACGUUUCCAGUUCGUAACGUGAUCAGUGUACUACGAUAUUUUUACUUGUAUUGAAUUUUAAGUCUCGAAUUUAUAAAAUUUGCACCAUUAUUCUGGAGAAAUGGAGCUGUUCAAAACCGACACCCAUUUUAUAUUUGUCAAAGAACAGUAUAACCUGUGGUGCAACAAAAUAACUGGUGAAUUCUCUGCAAAAUCAGACUGGGAAUGGGCGAGUGCCAGGGACCCGGAAUGCCUGGGUAUCUUUUACGGUAUAGUGGGAAAGCUUGAGCAAUCGUCAGUAUUGGACUCACGGUUGAUGCUUAUUAAGGAAAUAGACCCGGUCGGGGAAUUGCAUGGGGGCCAUAUCGUCUACAAAAUCAAAUCGGUGGCUUUUCUACAACUAUCCUCAGACUCCACCGAUGUUGGUCUACUUCCUUGUAAAAAGCAUCAAAAUUUACCCAGAAAAAAAGGGCAGAGUGGGAUGUUCGACAUACCACAAAAAGCCACCUUUGCAAAGACAUGGGGCUCGAUUAAAAGCGCGACGAAUACUAUAAAAAAUACCACACAGCAAGCUGCUGCCAUGGCCACGUCGCAGGUAAAAAGCACUGUUAUCAAAAGAAGCGGUAGCAAAGAAAGAGAAAAAUUUGAGAAACGUAUACUCGAUGAAUUGGGUAAAAUUUUUACGGAAACAGACUCCUUUUUCUUCUGUCGUACCGGGGACAUAACUAACAGUCUUCAAAGACAGUCUUGUAAGGAGUCAAAACUGGAUAAUGAAGAUGGGAGAAAAGCUUUGUGGCGAAGAGUCGACGAUAGAUUUUUUUGGAAUAAACAUAUGCUCCAAGAUAUUAUCAACUUGAAUGCUGAAAAAGCGGAUUGCUGGAUAUUACCCAUUAUUCAAGGGUAUGUGCAAAUAGAACAAUGUCAAGUAGAGAUUGGCUAUGAAUGUCAACAGCAAUUUGAGACUUUUAAUCUAGCUAUUAUAUCAAGACGGAGCAGAUUCAGAGCCGGAACAAGGUACAAGCGACGGGGUGUAGACGAUGAUGGAAAGUGCGCAAAUUACGUCGAAACUGAACAGCUAGUUUGGUAUCAUGACCAUCAAGUGUCGUUCGUACAAGUACGAGGUAGCGUUCCCGUAUUCUGGUCGCAGCCAGGAUACAAAUACAGGCCACCUCCCAGAAUAGAUAAAGGUGAGGCGGAAACUCAAGUUGCCUUUGAGAAACAUUUCAAAGAUGAACUGGCUUUGUACGGACCAAUUUGUAUAGUUAAUCUUGUGGAACAAGCGGGUAAAGAACGAAUCAUAUGGGAAGCCUAUGGUAAUCAUAUUCUAAAAUACGAUCAUCCAGAUCUGACGUAUGCGACGUUCGACUUUCACGAAUAUUGCCGAGGGAUGCAUUUCGAAAAUGUCUCGCUUCUAAUCUCUUCGUUGGCGACCGUUAUAGCCGAGAUGGGUUAUUGCUGGCGUGACAAGCAGGGUACGAUCUGUACUCAAAAGGGAACAUUUCGAGUAAAUUGCAUUGACUGUCUGGACCGAACAAAUGUCGUUCAAACAGCCCUUGGUAAGGCAGUGAUGGAAAUGCAAUUCACAAAGCUAGGGCUCAUUCCACCCGAAGGAACGCUGCCGGCAAAUAUUCGUCAAACAUUUCAGCUAUUGUGGGCAAAUAACGGAGACAUUAUCAGCAAACAAUACGCCGGCACUAACGCUCUAAAGGGUGACUACACGAGGACUGGGGAAAGAAAAUUUACAGGACUCAUGAAAGACGGAAUGAAUUCUGCCAAUAGAUAUUUUCAGCAACAUUUUAAGGACAACGUUCGUCAAGCGACCAUUGACAUCUUACUAGGGUAUCCGAUAGUCGUCGAUGAACUCAGAGAUGACUGGUCACACUACUUAGACACCUUUGACAAUUGCAGUCGUGCACUUAUACCCAUAAAACCACCAUUGAUAGAAUUAAACCUCGCGAAUUCGAUCGAUUUUUUAUACGCUAACGCCAUGUACCACUUGGGCAGAUAUUAUUUGAACCGUUUCAAAGACGUCUACCGACAGGCUACCAUUGAUAUGAUGUUAGGGAAUCCAGUUUCGGAGGAAAUAUUUCAGGAAAAAAAUGACGAGGAAGAUAACGCUGCGACCGCAGAUCACGUUAAACUACUGAUCGAGGAUUGCAAGAAACUUCUGAUUCCAAAUCCCGAAUUUAUUUUAGGGAGCUGGGGUUUGAUAGACGCUGAUCCAGUGACCGGGGAUCCAACCGAAACGGACAUGGAUUCCAUAUUGAUUUUAACUAGGGAUAGUUAUUACGUUGCCGAUUACGACGAUCAGAUUGACAAAGUAACGAAUUAUCAAAGCGUUCUUUUAGCCGAUAUCACGCUGGUUGAAUUUGGACAACCUGAGACAACAGUGUCGUUGUUCAAAAAUAAACAACAUCACUGCAUUAGAAUUAAUUACAAGAUGAAAAAUGAGCAUGGCUUCUUUCAUAUGUUUCGAUCGACGAACUUGAGGUUCUUCAACAAUAUGGCUGUAGUGAUAAAAACCGAAGAAGAAACCAUAGAAUCUUUGCGGGCUAUUUGCGAGGCGAUUUCCGUUGCUAUGGAAAUCGCUGAGCUUCCCAAUAUUCCAAUCGCUAUGAACGUGACAUUAGAUAGAAGAAGGAGCAAAGUAGUUCAUUCGAAAGGUUCUACGGGUCUCUUGGACAUUUCGUCACUCCCCGAACUGACUAGAAAUGUUUCAGAGACGCAAUUACUCGCUCUCAAAAGUGCAGGAACAAAAGCGCUCACCAACAUGACCGAGCAGUUCAGUAAACUGAACAAACUUGGUCACAGUUUUAAUACAAAAAGGCCGUUAGACGUUCCGAAACGUUUGGAGGAAAAAUUUGGCGAGUCUCAUUCGAAGCCAGUUUUCACGGUGGGUAAUCGUGACAUCGAAGGUAACUCGAAUAGAAAAUCGAGUAACAGUAGCAGCGAAGAAGAAGAUGAGAAUCUCGAAAAUUCCCAAAUGCAAUUCGAAAAGGGUGAUCGGGUAUUCGUCCGCGACCAAAGACUCCCGGAAGCUUACAUGCCGACUGUCGGUAUCGUGAUGGGGGUAAAAAGUGAGACGGGAAUUGACGUGGGUGCAAAAGGACACGGGAAUCAAAUGACCAACGAUACGUUGACCAGAGCCGUUCAGAGCGCUACGUAUUUCAAUGAAAUUAUAGAAAAAGAACCUGCGACCGAUCGAUUGAAUACGAUUUCAGCACCGAAAUCAGGCACCAGCACCCUGAGUCCUUCCCCACAAAAGACCGCGGCGACCACACCUGAAAUUACAAUUCACGAUGUCGCGGAAAGUAGCGCUGACGAUAAUGAAAAAAUCGCGCCACCGAACAGCCUGAAUUUGUCGAAGAAUAUAAGCCACUCGUCCGGUGAAGUGGACAACAACGUUCAAAAUUCUAAUUCACAUACCGUUUCGAACGACGACAAUUACAACAGACAGACCGACAAAAAGAGGUCGAAUUCCGACCAGGACUUGGCACUCAAUAUAACGUCGUCGCAAAGCGAAUCUGCUCUCAAAUCCAUAAGAAGCAACAUAGCUAAUAUUACGAAUGUCACGAGUCCGGUGACUGUUUCGGCGAAAGACAUCCUGUCGCCAUUCUCAAAAUUUGCCAAAGGCGUGCAAACGUUGGGAGCAAAUUUAGAUCCAAGAAAAUUAAAACCUGGGCAAGCUGGUCUUCCCAGAAAUUUGUCCGAUCAUCAUUUAGAGCAGAGGCAAAAACUGGAGGAGGAAUGGGGCAAAUGUAAGUCCAAAUUGAUAGCUUUAUAAAUCGUUUCAAAAUAAACAACGUCGUACUCGUAACUGAUUUAGCAACGCGGUGAUCUCAUCGAGUUUAUCAGCGUGGUUCACAUUCUCUUAGAAAUCUAUAAUAUCCGGCAUAAUCGUAAUGAGAAAUGCCACUUUUAUCAAAACUUAUAUCAUCGAAAAAAUGGUGCAAGCAUUAAUGUGUAAGGUGCGUCUUGAUGUCGCGUACGUUAACGUGGUAGCGUGUCGAAACACCAAUUUUUUAAAGUUACUUAAUCUUUAGGGCGAAAAAAAAAUUUUCACGAUUAAAUCGCGUCGUGCUUGAAAGCUACAAUAUCAUCGAUAAAUUAGCUAUAAGGGAAUACACUUCAAUAUGCGGCAUUCGUAUGCAAAAAAAAAAUGUUGAUAUUUCUUCUUUUCAAUCAGCUUUGUACCAAUGAACCAAAACCUUACGGUGAUUAUCGAUCGAUAAUAAGAUUCGUGAUCAUUAGGUGAGGUAAUAGCCUUAACCCUGGUGAAUUUGAACUUUUAAAAUUUGUCGUCCAUAAGAAGAAAAAAAAAUAAAAUAAAAUAAAAUUUAGAGAAUAGGUCGUCCGUAAAUUGCAAUGUCCAAUAGCUACGCCUUGGAAUUAUUGGAUGAUUUUCUAUAGUAGAUCAAUAAUGUUAUAGAAAACGUAAGUGAAAAAUUAUAAUAAGUAACUUUUUAGAAAUUUUCGUGCUCGUUAAUAGAAUUGAGGUACUCGUAGGUACAAUAGCAAUAAAAGUAUAUCAACGAAAUAUCGUAAAAAAUUUUUCAAAAAUUACGGUAUCAAGCUACAUGUAUUUUAACUAGGUGAAAUAAUUUUUCUUGUUUAAAAUGAUUAAAUUUUCAAAUUUUUCCUUUUUUUUUUUUUUUUUUUUCAAUCUGACACCGCGUUGCUAAAUCGGUAAGUACUACGAGUAGACGUGCCGCAUUGAUCUCGUCAGAAGAGUAGCUUGUGAAAUAAAAAUGAAAUACGAAGAGUCAAUUCUUUCCCCAUUCGAAUAAUUAUUUAUCUACACCAACUUUACCGAUACCUUUUCUUCUUGCUUUUCUUUUAUACAACAAACUUUACAAUAUUGUACGUCACAUUCCAUUUUACAAAAAAAAAAAAGGAAAAAAAAAUGAGAAGAAAAAUGACAAAAAAAAAAAAAUACUCCGAAUGGUAAUAGUAAUUCCAUCAUUGAUAUUCAUCAUUACCUAUAUUUUCCCGAACAAUAAUGGGUAUUUCAAAAUUUAAUUAAGGUGAUCUGAAAUCGUAAGAUGUUGGAGAAAUGCGAUUGAAUUGUUAUAAGUUAGGAUAUCGUGAAAGAAAGAAACACGUGAACAAAAUACGACGAAAAAUUAUUUAUUAUGAAUUUACAUAUUUAUUACAGUAUCUGAAAACUCAAGAUCUUACUAUUGAUAUGAACGCCCUAUGUUUGAGACGCGAAUUUUAGAUCAAACUUUCGCUCACAGGUUCAUAAUUAUAAAUUAAGCGUAAUUUAGAAACGGAAUUAAUUGUAAAACACGUUUGAUUUCACAGUCAUUUUGACAUGGCUUUAUUUCAACCAUGCAGAUCAAAUUAAACAAAAAAUGACACAAAAAAAUAUAAAGGGAGAAUUGAAACGUGGAAACUUGGUAGUCAAUUAUGUACAUAAAUAUGCUCAUAUCCAAUUAAAAGUAGUUGUUAAUAGUAAAGCAUAGUAAUUUAAUACAAAACAGUUAAAUUAUAGAUGAUUAUAGAAAUGUUAUGAAAUGAACAAAGCACGUUUUCCCCAAGAGACUAAAAAAGAACAAAAAGAAGAAAAAAAAUCUUUUCAAACUCGUAUCGUUAAGUUUGAACAAAGUCUUGAAUGUAUAGAAUAUAUAUAUUCAAUCAAAUCGCACCUUUUAAUCUCAUCGAAUUGUUC